AUGCCGGCGGCAGUGCGGCUGAAGCCCGGUAGUCUCAAAGACCCGGAGAUUGCCCAGCUCUUCUCCACGAAGGACCCGGAACAACGGUAUUGCGAUUUGAGAGAGGUUGGAAGCGGAUCUUUUGGCAGUGUUUACUACGUAAGUUUUUGUUAUUAUUGGUUCUAUGAUUUAGGAAGGGAUUAGCUCGAUUGAGGCUUUGUGAGUGAAAUUUUAUAUUGUACUUGGUCUCGGGGUGAAUAAUAUCGUAAGAUCUCUUUCAAACGGAUUCGUUUAUGGCGUUUUUAUCUUUCUGAAGCGAGUUUAUGGCAUGGAGCAUGUUUUCAGCAUUGAAAACUUUCUCUGGAUUGUCUAAUUUUUGUGUUACAUAGAGAUAUUGUUAUAGAAAACAAUUUGUUAUAGAAAAAUUUUUAUGGUUAAAAAACAUGUAUAGCUAAUAAAUAUAGCUAAAAUAGACUGUUUUUGGUUGAUUCUGGUGUUUGCUAAUUCCAUUACCCGUUGUUUUGAUGUUUUAUUCAUUAAUAUUAUACUUGAUACCUAAAAUAAUAUUUUUCUUCAGGCCCAGGACAAGGAGAACAAUGAGACGGUGGCGAUCAAGAAGAUGAACUUCAAUGGCAAGGACGCGCAGGAGAAGUGGUUGGACAUUAUAAAAGAGGUGCGGUUUUUGCGCUCCAUCCGUCACAAGCACAUAGUCCAAUAUCGCGCCUGUUUCCUCAAAGACUACACUUGCUGGAUGGUCAUGGAGUACUGCAUAGGCUCCGCGUCGGAUAUCAUUGGGGUGUUUAAGGACCAACUGGUUGAAGAUGCGAUCGCCGAGAUUGCGGAGCAGACUUUGGACGCGCUGGAGUACAUCCACGGCUUCAAAUACAUCCACAGAGACGUGAAAGCCGGCAAUAUCUUGAUCACCGACGAUGGAGUAGUCAAAUUGGGUGAUGUGGGAUCAGCUUCGAUGCAUUCGCCCGCCAAUUCUUUUGUCGGCUCACCAUAUUGGUAUGUUUUUUUCCAAUUUUUGAUAUUCUGUCUUUAGGAUGGCUCCAGAAGUCAUUUUGGCGAUGGAAGAGGGUGAAUAUGGAACUCAAGCCGACCUCUGGUCCUUUGGAAUCACGCUUAUUGAGCUGGCGGAUCGUCGACCACCUCUGUACGACCUAAACACCAUGUCCGCUCUCUAUCACAUCGCUCAGAAUGACCCACCCACCUUGUCCAGAACUCAUCCAGUCUACACGGAGGUGGUCCGAUCCGAGGAAAUGAUCGAUUUUGUCAGCAAAUGCCUCAAAAAGGAGCCCAGUGAUCGAAUGUCGGCCGUAGAAUGCAAGAAUGUAGGUGAUGCGAAAAUUUUUAUAUUGUAAUAGGCAGGAAAAUUUUUUUUUUUUUUUAUUGGCGGUUUUUUUCAGCAUGGGUUCAUUCAAAGGCCGAGGAAUCGAAAUAUCAUGUCCAAGUUGGUGAGACACACCAAAAAACGGGUACUCAAAUUGGACAGUGACAUGUACACCAAGAUGAAGAAGAUUUUUUAUCUCGAAGGAGCGAAUUCAGGUAAUUUUUUGUUCUUUUUUGUUGGUUUUUAGGUAAAAUCAGAUGAAAUCGAAGAUAAGAAAAUGAAUUUAUCGUCAAAAAUUUUAGCCGGCACCCUCUCGGAUGAAGAAUCUGACCCGGAAGAGACGUGUUUCGUCUCGACGGCCCCAAAAAGACGCCAACCGACCGCCCCGCAGAUCGACGACUCCAUCGAAAUCGUCGUUGUUCCCGAUGAAGAUGACGCUGACACGUUGUCGACUCCAAAUCCCAGUGUGAAACGGCUGAGGGAACAAAAUAACGGAAGUCUGAGCUCGGAGUCGGGAUCGAACUUGGUGAUCACGGAGAAUGAAACCGAAUCUGUGGACAUGGAGGAGGGAAAAGAAGCCAAAGCCAAGAACAGAACGGUGAUCAGUGUCUCGGAAACCGAUGAGACAAAUGAAACGGAACAGAAUGGACGGUUUGGAAGCGAUUCGUCCGCAAAUUCGAGGAAAAUUGAGGUGAGAUUUGGGGUUUUUGGGGGAGAAUUGGAGUUGAAAGUUAUUUUAAGGGAACUUGGGAGGGUUUUUGAUUAGAAUUUGAACGAUUUUUUGGGGAAAAAGAUUAAAUUCGAGAAAUUUGGGCUAAAGUAAGGUAAAUUUUUUUUGAGAAAAAUUGCGAAUUUUUGAUCAGAAACAGUCGAAAAGUUUUAAAAAUAUUUUUUUGUUGAUUUUUUGCCCAAAAAAUUGAGAAAAUUUUUUGAUUUUUGGCAUUUUUGGACAUAAAAAUUUUUAUUUUUCAAAAAAAGAAUUUUUUUUUUUUUUUUUAAUUUUCUUUCUCAAAAUUGUUUUAUUUUUUUUUAAAUCCCCGUGUUUUAGCCCCGAGGCAUGAACGUAGGAACGCAGAAAAUUUUUUUUGUUGGUUUCUUCCUAAAAAAAUCAAGAAAAACUUCGGAUUUUUGGCAUUUUUGGGCAUAAAAAUAUUAGUUUUCGAAAAAAAAUAAAAAAAAUUUUUAUUUUUUUCUCAAAAUUGUUUUAUUUUUGUUUAAAAUCCCCGUAUUUUAUCUCCGAGACAUGAACGUAGAUAUGCAAAAAAAAAUUUUUGUUGAUUUUUUGCCCCAAAAAUUGAGAAAAAGUUCGAAUUUUCGGCAUCUUUGGGCGUAAAAAUCAAAAAUUUUGCAAAAAAAAUGAAUUUUUUUUUACAGUCUUUUCUCAAAAUUGACUCAUUUUUGCCUAAAAUCCCGGUAUUUUAGCCCCGAGACAUGAACGAAGAGAUCAACACGCUGCGCCGCUCCAAAUUCUCCACUCUCCGCCCGACCAAAGUGGUCUCCCGCGAAAUCGAGGAAGCGCGCCGCGAAAACAACGCCAAAGAACAAAUGCACGGCUACCAGCGCCUCCGCCAAUACCACCACAAAGAACAACAACAGCUGGAGGAGAAGUGCAAGUUCGAAGCCGAAGCCGUGCGCCAAAAACAGGAAAAGGAAUACGAACAGUUUUUGGCGGCCGCCCAAAAAGAAAUGCAAAAAAUCCGCCAAAACCAUCAAAAUCAGCUGGAAAAAAAGACCCGAGAGAAUGAGGAGUGUGUGAAGAAGACGAGGAAACAAAGAGUCAAUGCCAACGAACAUGAAUUGAAGAGCUUCACGCAGUGCCAAAAGAGGGAAUACAAGUUCAACAAGGAACAGGCGAAAAAGGUGGGAUUUUGAGGAAUUUUGGGGGUUUUUGGAUGUUUUGGGCACAGUUUGAAAUGAUUUGAGGAUUUCGAAGUGUCAUUGGCCAUAUUAAAUCAAAAAAAUUUUUUUCUGUUUGAAAAUUUUUUUUGAAAAAUCGGAUUUUUUUUGACAGAAUUUGGCACUUUUAGCGUUUUUUUUUUGAAUUUAUCCUGAUUUUUAGCUAAUUUUAAGAAAAGUUUGGGGUGAUUUGAGGAAUUCAGGAUGUAACUGGUCAUAUUAAAUCAAAAAUUUUUUUUUCUCUUCGAUGAAAUUUUUUGAAAAAUUGGAUUUUUUUUGACGGAAUUAAAAAUUUUGGGAAUUUUUUUGAAUUUAUCCUGAUUUUGGCUAAUUUUAAGAAAAGUUUGGGGUGAUUUGAAAAAUUCAAGGUGUAACUGUUCAUAUCCAAUCGAAAUUUUUUUUUCUGUUUUACAAAAUUUUUGAAAAAUCGAAUUUUUUUGACGGAAUUAAAAAUUUUGGGAAUUUUUUUGAAUUUAUCCUGAUGUUGGCUAAUUUUAAGAAAAGUUUGGAAUGAUUUGAAAAAUUCAAGAUGUAACUGUUCACAUCCAAUCAAAAAAUAUUUUUUUUCUGGUUGAAAAAAUUUUUCGGAAUUAAAAAUUUUGGGAAGUUUUUUGAAUUUAUCCUAAUUUUUGGCCAAUUUUAAGAAAUGUUUGGGGUGGUUUGAGAAAUUCAGGAUGUAACUGUUCAUAUCCAAUCAAAAAAAUUUUUUGAAAAAUCGGAUUUUUUUUGACUGACAGGGGAAGUACCCCAAGUGCGACGCUCAGAUUUUGAUGAAACUUGGCACAAAUUUAGAAUGAUUUUUUCUAAAAUAUAUGCGAGAAUCCUAGCUCGCGCUUUGCAGAAACAACCGAGAUUUUUAGAUCGAAAGUGGGCGAAAAUUUGACACUUGUUGCCGAAUUUCGGCACGAAAAGUUGCGUGCCUAUUUCUACCAUGGAGGGUAAUGUUUCCACAUAAAAUCAAUUUUUUCCGCACGAAACAAGAAAAGUUAUGGCCAAAAAGUGCUUUUCUCUCUGUCCGCUCUCCGUGCUUAGCGUACUCUCUCGGCGGCAAAGAUCGUUCAAUAUCUCGGCGGCGCCUGAAAAGCGCGAACUAAAACUUCCAGGAAUUGUUAUUUAGUUCAUGCCCGACGUGUGCUCAAAAUUUAAAGAAAAUCGGAGCGUCGCACUUGGGGUACUUCCCUUGUGAAUUAAAAAUUUUGGGAAUUUUUUUGAAUUUCUCCUAGUUUUUGGGAUUUUUUGAGCAGAGUUUGGAAUGAUUUGAGGAGUUCAAAAUGUGGAAUGAUAUAUUCGGUCAAAAAUUUUUUUUUUGUUUUACAAAAAUUUUUGAAAAAUUUGAUUUUUUUGACAGGAUGAGAACUUUUUGUCAGCUAGAUUUUUUGUUAAAACGAAAUUUUUACAUUUUAAAAAAAAAGUCCGAAGCCGAAGCCGUCCGCCAAAAAUUUUUUAAAUUAAAAAAAAAUUUUUUAGAAAAGCCAAAAUUUUAUUUUUGUCUGGUGUGUUUUUCUUGUUCACUAUAGCGAGUUUUUUCUAUGAAAUUUUUUGUUUUACUAAAAAAUUGUUUUUUUAUCGAGAUUUUUGAGAUUUCCUCUCAAUUUUUGCCUAUUUCCCCCAUAAAUCUACCCUUUUCAGUCGUCUCUGUCCAUCUCUGACUCUCUCACGUCUCUCUCCCUCUCAUCAUCCUCCUCACUAACCAGUCUAUCAUCUAUUGACGCAAUAUCUUCCGACUCUGAUGAGAAUAAACAGUUACUAACCUAUUUUUUGUCUUUUUUAUCGCAAAAUUUCCCAUUUUUUUAAAAAUUUUGUCAUUUUUUUUGAAAUUUUAUUUAUUUUUUCGAUUUUUUUCAGCAAUUCAAAGAACGAGGCCUCCGAAAAUCGAGUUUAGAAGAAGCGAUUCGAAACACAAAAGCCGAUUUGAUGCAACAAUGGGGCAACGCGGAACGACAAUAUAUCGCUGAACAGAAGGUCCACAUGCUAAAUGAAUUGAGCGAACUCCGACAUCGAAGCCAGAGCGACUAUCAGGGAUUGGAGCACAAGUUGUUGGCUGAUGUGAGUUGGUUUUGAAGGGGAAAUGGGGGAUUUUUUUGGUGAAAAAUAAAUUUUUUUUGAAAUUUUUAUGAAAAUUUUUGACUUUAAAAAUGUCGAUGGAAAAUUUUGAUAUCGGAAAUUUUCGGAUUUUACGAUUUUUUGUCGAAAAUAGCGAAAAAAAAAAAAAAAAAAAAAAAAAGAUUUGGCGAUUUUUGGCAUAGAAAUCGAUUUUUUCUGCAUUAAAAAAGAAAAAUUCGUCGACUAAUUUUUUAUUUUUUUUAAUUAAAUUUUUUUUAUUUUUUAAAAAAUAAUUUUUUUUCUAUUUUUUUAAAGUUAAAAUUUUUUUUAUUCUUUUAAGAUUUAAUUUAAAUUUUUUAUUUUUUUUAAAAUUUAAUUUAUUUUUCGAUUUUUUUAAAGGAUUUUUUUUAUUUUUUAAAAGUUAAAUUAAAUUUUUUUAUUUUUUUUUCGAUUUUUUGAUUUUUUUAUUUUUAAAUUUUUUUUUCAGGAGCACUCCGUGCGAACCCGCCAACUCGAAGUGAUCGAACAAAUGCUCCUCCACCACCACAAAGCCGCCUUCGACCAGGCCCUGCAGCACUUCCGCGAAUGCGCCGAGAUGAAAAAACGCCACCUGAAAGUGCAGCAUGAAUCGGAGCUGACGAAUCAAAGAGACUACACGAAGCGAGCCCUCGACGAACUGAAGAAACAACACGCUGUCCGACAACGCAAUUUACCCAGGGAAUUGAAGUUGAAGGAACAACAGAUCAAGAAGCAAUUGAGGCAUACGGUGAAGGUACAAGCAAGGCAGUACAAGGUCCUACAACAACAAGUUCAACAAAAUACACCGAGAGCCGAGCAAAAGGAAGUGGUCAAUCGGUGAGAAGGGGGGUUUUGAGAAGAGUUUUUGGGGGAUUCGAAGGGAAAUUUGAUGAUUUUUUGAAGCUAGAAUGUUGGAUAGAAAAAAAAAUUAAAAAAAUCAAAAAAUUUUUUUUUCAAAUCAUAUUUUUUUUUUAAAAAUCGAAAAAAAAAUUUGAAAAAAUAAAAAAUUUAUUGAAAAAUCCAAAAAAAAUGUUUUUUAAAAAAAUCAAAAAAUUUUUUGAAAAAAAAUGGAAAAAAAAAUUUGAAAAAAUAAAAAUUUUAAAAAAUCAAAAAAUUAUUUGAAAAAAAACAAAAAAUUUUUUCAAAAAAAAAUAAAAAAAUUAUUUGAAAAAAAUCAAAAACUUUUUUGAAAAAAAAAUCAAACUUUUUUUGAAAAAAUUACAUUUUUUUCACGAUUAAAACAAUUUAUCCAUCUCAUUUUAGCCUAAAAGAAGAACAAAACCGGAAAAUCACCCAACUGGCCAUCCAAUACGAAGAAAGUAUCCAAAAAAUGAUGUCCGAACAACACAUCCAACUGGACACCGGCCAAGAAGAGGAGAUGAAAGCCCUCACCGACAAACUCAGCCACGAAAUGAACCUUCUCACCGAGUUCCAGGAACGCCAAAAAGUCAGUCUGGAAGCGACUUGUGAACGAGAAUUGGAGAAUUUGAACGCAACGUGGAGCAAAAAACGCACCGCUCUCAUGCAGAAGGUAAAUUUGGGUGAUUUUUGGGAUUUGAAGAAAAAAAAUUUUUUUUUUUUUUUUUUAUUUUUUAAUUUCCCGAAAAUAAUCGAGAUUUUUAGGUCGAAAAAUGCAAAAAAAUUGAGUUUUUGGGAUUAGAUGAAAAAAGAAUUUUUUUUUUCAUUUUUUAAUUUCCCAAAAAUAAUCGAGAUUUUUAGGUCGAAAAAUGCAAAAAAUUUCGUUUUUUGGGAUUUUUAAGACGAAAAAAAAAAAUAAAAAAAAAGUUUUUUUAAAAAUUGUUGUAAAAAAGGGCUCAAAAAACCUGAUAAAGUAAAUUUUUUACCCGAAAACCUAAAAAAAUCGAUUUUUUGUCAUUUUUCAACUUAAAAAUCUUAUUUUUUUAUACCUAAAAAUCUAUCCUCAUCAUAAUCUAAAAUGUCUUUUUGAUUUUUCAUUUUUUGUAAAAAAAAAAUUUUUCAUUAUUUUUAAAAAUUUUUUCAUUAUUUUAAAAAAAUUUUUCAUUUUUUUUUUAAUUUUUCAUUUUUACCCCAAAAAUUUCAGAUCCAAGACGAUCGAAUGCGAUUCGAGCGAGAAAGAGCGGCCCAAGUCGCCGAAUUGGAAGCCCAACAAGAGCGAGAUCGAAUUCGCCUGGAGUCGAUGGAGCAAACGGAGCGCGAACAACUGCUCGGCCUCGGCUCGGACAUCCAAAUCAAGCAGCCGGACAACCGGAAUUCCCUCUUGUUUCAGGUGAAAACCGCGCCCGGCACACCACUCAGCGAUCGAUUUACGAAUUCCCACAGCCCCGCGCAGUCUUCGUGCUCUUCUCCGUCGCAUCAGAGCACUAAUUUAUGA